UGGAACGGGACAAGAGUGUUCGAGUCAAGGUUGCCUCAAAGGCGCCGUCGACGACGCUGGUUCUGUUCGGGUUCUGAUUUGUUAUCGCACGUGACUUUAGAAGCAGAAAUCUCGGUCGGGUACUGGAUAAGCGCGGCCACGACAAUGCACGACUCGCUGUAUGAACAAACUCCUCCCAAAGUUUCGCCUCCCUCGACGAUGUCGACGAGAUCGCACCGAUCUCGUCAGACUCACCGUACCCAAUAUACCAUGCCGCAACCACAUCCUGCACCAACUCCAUCGCCAGUUCCGUCGAACAUAGCCGAAAAUCUGCAUAUGCCCAGCAAUGAAUCCUAUAAUUUUGAUCCUAAUGAGCCGUACAUUGCAGUAGCAGGCCAAGAGAGCCUUAUGGGUGCGCAGUCACCGCCCCCACCUGGUGGAUACCGACCAGCUGGAGGUGGCUGGGGAGAUUUCGUAGGAGGGUUCAGAAGAGUCUUGGGAGUCGGGGGUGGGAAACGUGGUAAGGCAGAUGUGGCGCCAAUGCGAGUCCCGUCGACCCGUAUUUCGAUGCCGAGACCUUUGUUAGCACCUCCCCGGGACGUCGAGCGAGAGGCCCAACAGCAACCAUACCCUCAGCCUCUUCCUCAGCUGUAUCGGCGGCCGACACCCCCACCACCAGCUUCUGCUCAUGGGGCAAACGAUUCUGUUGAUGGAGAGACUACAGCCGUUGACCACGAACCUAGGCAGCCGGUACAUGUACGCCACAAUCCAGGCCCUCUCCCACCCCAGAUUCCUUCCCAUAUGAUAGGCAGUCCAGUACUCGCUGAGCCUCAGCCAGGUUCUGAUUAUGCUAAGAUGAAUGACAUGGUCACUCCGCCGCCUACAGAGAUGUCGUUUUCGUCAUAUAUGUCACGCGUUGGGCAGUUCUUCCGCGAUCUCAACAAUCUACCAUGGAUAGCAGAAAGGAUUACAGUUGAUUACGUUCCCGGUCAGCCUACGCAGCGGCUGGGAAGGAGGAGGUCGGGGUCGACGAGGCCAUCGCAGCAGGUCAUGUCGUGGUAUGGUGGACCGCAUGGAUCAGUGAAUUUGUUGUCAGAUGGAUCAGCAUCCAUAAGAUAUCGACAGAUGCCGUCGCAGUCGCCAUAUCCAUACGGAUCCCCACCGCCGCCUAUCCACCUGAUAUCCCAGCAACCACAAAUGGGCAUGGCAUACACCAAUCCGGCCUCCAUAAACCAACCCCCCCAGGCUUUCAUGAUGCAUCCUCACUACCCUGUGGGCUACAUCCCAUACCAGUCUGAUACCGCAAACAUCUAUGCGCCCCAGCCGCAGCUGGCAUCAACGCAAACUUCCGGACAGUAUCCAUAUCCUCAUCAUCCACAGCAAUCCGUAUAAUGCCAUCUAAUGCCAUCCAUUUUGCGAUAUCUAUUCUUUGUGGCACUUUCGUACUCUCUAUCUACCCUCUUACGGCGUUCAUAUCACGAACCAAAUACCGCGCAACUUAUAACUUGUCCCUUGUCUUUGCAAUGCUCCACCCUCGUUUUUUUCGAUUUAUGUCGCAGUACCCCGGACAAUCUUUUAUACCACCUUAAAUACUGGAGUGGGUUUGGUAUAGACUACAUAUAGCACUUGUAAAAUGGGUUAUAUUCUGUGGAUGUCAGUAAAACUUAUAAAAACCAGACGUUACAGUAAGC